AUGAUCUCGCACGCGCUUCGUUCUAUGCCCCGCGGCGAGGGAACGUUCAAAGACAUUUGCGAGUACAUUGAAGCGCAGUAUGAAAGUCAGCUCAACUGGAAGCUCGAAAGCGACCAGCGCAAGUCGCCCGUGUGGAAGUCGUCGGUGCGAAAAAUCCUGUUUUCAAACUCGCGUUUCAAGCGACAUGCGAUCAUCAAGGGCGUGUUCUGCCUCGUGCCGUCAGCAGCAGCGUAGAUAGAGCACAGACAAGUUGUCAUUGAUAACGACGA